CGUCCAGAUUGGAAAGCAAAUAAAAGUGUAAAACCAGAAGAAGAUCAGAGGAUUACCCUAUCGCUCGAUUAAUCAAUUCGACGAACCAGUUGUUUCACAUUUGAAUACAGGCGUAUUUGUUACAACUAUUAGAUAUGUUUAACAUUGCAACAACAUUCUGCAAAAGGGUAAGCGUGAAGGAGCUAGUUACCAGCUCUCCUGUGUACGGCACCAUCACUGAUGGGUCUUCUUCUGGCUUAAGCUUGAUGUUUAAGCGGUGGGCUACUAAAAAAACUGCUGGAUCAACAAAGAAUGGAAGAGACUCAAAACCCAAGAAUCUUGGGGUGAAAAAGUUCGGUGGCGAGAGGGUGAUUCCUGGAAACAUUAUAGUUCGUCAGCGAGGAACAAGGUUCCAUCCUGGAAACUAUGUGGGGAUUGGGAAGGAUCAUACUCUCUAUGCCCUGAAAGAAGGUUGCGUGAAAUUCGAGACACACAACCUUAGCGGACGAAAAUGGGUACACGUUGAACCCAAGGAAGGCCAUGUCCUCCACCCUGUUUAUGCAACCGCUGCUUCAGGAGAGCUGAAGACAGCCACAUAAAAUUUGCAACACUGUUGUUUGUUUCUGCAAUCAAGCUGCACUUUAUAGUUUGUUUUUGCCUGAUAUUCUUGGAUGUUCAACUAUCAUUGUGUCACAGAGGAAUUUGGGAGAUAGAAAUUAAAAGAGCCAUGGGUUUGGCCCCAAGUUUGUUUUCUGUUACUGAUCUCUUUUUUAUUAUCCUUUAUUACAUAGCAUGAUUUUAGAUUCUAGUAUAGUAGUAUUCUACAGCCAUGAAGGAGAUAUCAUGCCAUAAAAUGAUGCAAGCUUGACAAGAAAUUUAAGAUCACUUUCUAGUCAAAAUGAUUGAAUCUCCCUGGAAAUUAUACUGGCAAUGUGGCAUGAUUCUUUUAUCUUAUCAUUUUUAGUGUCUUUUCGGCUUUGGCUAGGAAGUAGUCUUUCAAGUUGAUUGAAAUUCUCAAUCCAAAAAAUUCUUUUGAGGUA